UUAGUGAUAUACACCAACCUACCUUCCUGUCUCAAUACGCACGUUUAGGACUUAAUCCGUAAUUAAGAAUGGUAUAUUCCAUCUCCCUUCUAUAAAAUUACUCUGUUUCGUGUUGUGAGCUUCACUUACAGAGUAAGUAGCACAGAAGCAGAAAACACAAUGGCGACUUCUCUUCAAUUUCUAAACCCUACACUCUUCAAAUCCUCAAACCAAACCUCCUCAUCUCUCUCGCCAUCUCCUUUAUUUCGACUCAAUUCCACCUCCACAGCAUUCAAUUUCAGACCACUUACUUCCUCCUCCUCCUCAUCCGCAGCGAUCAUCACACGCGCCGCCGCAUCAGGCGAGUCACUAACAAGAGAGACAUUUCACGGACUCUGCUUCGUGUUGAAAGACAACAUCGACACAGAUCAGAUCAUCCCCGCGGAGUACGGCACACUCAUCCCUUCGAUUCCAGAAGACCGAGAGAAGCUCGGCUCUUUCGCGCUUAACGGGUUACCAAAGUUUUACAACGAUCGUUUCGUAGUGCCAGGAGAGAUGAAAUCAAAGUACUCAGUCAUCAUCGGGGGCGAUAAUUUCGGCUGCGGAUCAUCCCGUGAACACGCUCCGGUCUGCCUCGGUGCGGCCGGAGCUAAAGCCGUGGUGGCGGAAUCGUACGCUAGGAUAUUUUUCAGGAACUGUGUAGCUACAGGUGAGAUCUUCCCUUUAGAAUCGGAGGUUAGGGUUUGCGACGAGUGUAAAACAGGGGAUGUUGUUACCGUGGAGCACAAGGAAGACGGUAGUAGUUUGCUGAUCAACCAUACGACGAGGAAAGAAUAUAAACUGAAACCACUCGGUGACGCAGGUCCGGUGAUCGACGCCGGAGGAAUCUUCGCUUAUGCUAGAAAAGCUGGCAUGAUUCCUUCUGCGUCCUCUUCUUCAAUGAAUAUAUAGAUCGGAACUUUCCCUAGAAACGCUGCGUUGUAUUUGUUUUAUUUGUAUCCAAGACAUUGUUUUAAAACGAGCUGUGGAGGGUUUGAAAAUAAGGGAGUCUUGAAAUUGAUUUGAAGACGAGAAGUAGUUUAAUAUAAUCAAAUCUUGGGUAACA